AUGUGUAUAGGGCGAGAAGCAGUAGAUAUCGCUGCGGGCCCAAACCCAGAUUUCUUGAAACUUGUACAGUGUAGACAAAUACUAGCAUCUUCUUUAAGAAAGUCUCCUAUGGAUUUCGAAUUGAGCAUGGGGAUGUCUGACGAUUUCGAACAUGCUAUACACCUUGGAAGUACUAAUGUGCGCAUAGGUACUUCUAUAUUUGGACCACGAGAAUCACAUUAUGUAACUCAACGGCAUGUUACGGAUGAUGAAAAAACUUCCACUUGA